AUGGAAGCAAUUAAGGACAUCACGGAGACGGCGGCCGUGGACCUGGGCGACCUGCUGGACGCCGGGGACGGCGCUGUGGUGAUACUCGAGGCAGGUGACACGCGGCUGUUGGCGCACAGGGCCGUCCUGGUGGACAGGAGCCCCGUGUGCGCGGCCAUGUUCGCGGCCAUGUUCGCGCACGACACCCUCGAGACUAGCACCGGCGUGGUGAGCAUCCCGGACGUGGGGGGCCCGGUGCUGAGGCAGCUGGUCUCCUACCUGUACACCCUGCGGGCCCCCCAGCUGCCCGGCACGGCCCCCCAGCUGCUGGCCGCAGCAGAUAAGUACGGGGUGUCGCGGCUGAAGGCGGAGUGCGAGCGGCAGGUGGCUGCUCAGCUGACCGUCGAGACCGCGGCAGCCGCAGCCACCCUCGCAGUCCGCCACUCCUGCAGUGACCUUAGGCGCACCGCCAUCGAAUUUAUUAAGACUCGUACCCACGAGGUGAUGGCCACUCAGGGGUGGGCAGAUGCCAUGCGGAAGCAGCCGGAAGACUUGAUCAAAGUGAGCCGGUUGCCGUAUGAUCCACCACCACGAACCAGCGCACCAGCCGCCACCAUCACCACUGCCACCGCCACCACGGCCAGCACACCCUGCCAGCCACCUGCCGCUGCUGCACCGCCCAUGUCUCCUCCACCUGGACAAGCCACUGUCUCUCGCAUCUGGAGCAUUUCUGCGGAGGAGAGAAGCAGGAAGCUGAUAGAGGCAGCUAAGGAGGGGUUGGUGGAGCAGCUGCGAGCGUUGCUUCUGGCAGGGACGGACGUGCAUGCGAGGGACAGAGACAGACGGACUGCCCUGCACUGGGCGGCAAUCAGGGGACACUUGGAGGCGGCGAUCAGCCUUGUGGGAGGCGGUUCAGAGGUGAACGCCAAGGACAGCUGGCACAACACGCCUCUGCACUUGGCUGCACGGAGUGGCCAUGGAGCUGUGGUGUGGCUGCUUUUGGGGGCCUACGCUGACCCCAACGAGAGGAAUCAGUGGGGUUCGACGCCGCUGCACAGGGCGGCAAUUGGUGGCCACAUAGAGGCGGCAGCAGUACUGAUGCAGGCUGGAGCCGAUACAGAGGCCAGGGAUGAGGAUGGGGAGACCCCCCUGGACCUCGCCUGGAAAAACAACAAGCACCAGCUGGUGGACUUGCUAACACAUAGUUGA